GCCCCCUUUGAGUAGAUUCUUUCGCAAUGAGCCUCCCUUUGCACAUUUCGGGCCCCAUAUCUAUUGACCUGUUGGACGAGCAUGUGGAGUGUCUAGUCGACCACCGAAUUCUCACCGAGAAAGAGGCCAGAAAUGUGGUUACGACCAUCCGCUACAAUGACGAGUCGGUUUUAUCGGACAGGUCCUCGCAGACAUACCGGCGGGCCAUUCAGUUCGAGUCCGGGUUAAUUAGCCAGAUUUCGCGACGCAGACAGUCCAGUAACUUGGCCCUUGAGGGCGCCUUGCUAGCUGCAGAGUCCUACUUCAAGUGUCGAGUGGGCGAGUUUUACAUGAACCUCCUAAGCUCCAGCCCGGACGAUGCUGAUCUGCGCUCUGAGUGCAUCCAGUUCUUCACCUAUUUCCAGCACGAAGUGGAAAUGUUCAAGCGAAUACUGCCGGCGUUCAAUAAAGCGUCAGUUGAGAAAACGCAAAGCGCGCCUGAGGUCGUGCGAGUAGCCGCUGCAUGGCACAGUAUGAAUGGUAGCCCGGUUCAGACUAGGGCCGUUCUUUUCAAAGGCGCCACCCAAAAUCCCAAAAACGUUUCCCUUUAUCUGGACAUUCUGAAGUUCGAGCUGGACAGCAACUGCCACAGUAGCAAAAUAACGUAUCUGAAAGAGUGCGUCAACUUGAUGAUCAAGCACGUCUCGAACCGGUUCAUGCAGGAAACCAUCAUAUUGCUGGACAAAAGUGAGGUGGAAGAAGCCGCCAAGUACGCAGUGGACAAGUAUGAGGAACACUUCAAAGACCACGUGGAGACGUGGCUGUUUCUGUCCUCGAGGGAGUUGAAAGGCAACUUUAAAACGCACGGGGCGCGGGACAAGUACAGCGCCAAUUUGGCUGCCGUGAAGCGAGUAGUGGCGAAAUUCAAGGAAGGCAUUGCAAAACUACCAGCCAAAAGCGAACCAGAGCUUUGGCAGGCCUAUUUGGCUUUUAUGGUGCUUCAGAAGAACAAAAGCCCCGAACCGGAAAUCAUUAAGCUGGCCAGGAACGCUUUUGAGGAUGCAUACAAAACAAAAGGCGUCGAGUUGACGGAGCAUCACUAUGCCGCUUGGGUGGAUUGCUACGAGGACAAAAACGAGUUUCAGCCUUACCGAUUUCAGUAUGCUGUGAAUAAAGAUCCGACAUCCGAGCUGCUUUGGUGCCUCUAUCUUUCCAGCGUCCUGCAAGUGCCCAACAACAUCGAUAAGGCUCAUGAGCUGUUACGCGAAGCCACCAAAGCAGUGGGUCCCGAUGCGAUCAGGCUUUUCGAUCUCUUCAUCAAGGCCUGCAUGUUGAACUCCAAAAACCGGACAGUGGCGGUAUUUCAAGAGGCCUUGAGCCACUCCGACAUUACUGCCUCCCACUUCAAGCCGGCUUACUUUACGUACACGCUGGUGUCGUUCGGCCUGCAACCGGCCCGUGAUUGCUACAAUACGAUCAGUAAAACGCGUCCUUACAGCAAACAGCUGCACAAAGAUAUGCUGGAAGCGGAAAGAUUGCGACAGUUGUGUGAUGGCAAACCCUCAAGUCGAAUCCCUGAGAUUUUGAAGCUCUGGACCGAUCAGCUUGGCCAUUGCGACUUGGAGGUCUAUCGCGUGCACAUGGAGUGGGUGCUAGAGAAAGCCAAAAUAAACGCGGAUGAUCAGCAGGAGUUGAAUGGGCAGUACAGUACCAUCCAGGAAGAGUUAUUGAACUCGCUCUCAGAAAUCUAUAGCGCGGCGCGGGAAAAGUUGGGAUCACACGAUCAAACGUUGCUGGAUGAGCUGGGACGAAUCUACGAAGAAGUGCGGGCUAAAGUGUUGGAGCCCUAAGUUGCUUAGGUUGUUUGGAAAGUAUCAGCGGACAUGGUUUCGAUUGUCAAAUGAGUGUUCUACAAUUUGUGGAUUUUUGAACCAUCGGUACAUGUAAAUAUUUGGAGGGAGAAUAAAAAUACGUUUAAACUUUA